CUGUGAUCGCAACCAUGGCGGACAUUUGAGGAUCAAACCGCUGGUUUAAAAUGUCUAAAUUUCAACAAUAUUUACGACCAACAAUCGGCGGAGUGGCCCUGGCAUGUGCACUUGUUGUGUUAAUGGUUUUCACCGGAAGCGAGACGAUCCAAAAAGUGACGAAAUACGAACCGAUCCACGCAUCGAGUAAAUCAGAGCUGAAUGAUUCCCCACCAUGGCUAAGUUUAGCUCAGACAGAGGAUGGGGUGGAGUUCGACUCUGACUCCGAAGAAAAGUCAUACGAGUCUGCCACCCAUACGAAUGAGCCUAAUCAGCAAUUGCAACUGAGCCCCCAAAGUCGGGUGGUGUAUAAUCGUGUUGGUAAAUGUGGGAGCCGUACAGUUAUUGCUGUGUUAAACAAGCUGUCUACACGCAAUGGUUUCACGUUAUAUUCUUCAAAUGUUUACAAUAGAACGCAUGUUUCGUUGAAAGAACAGAUUGAUAUAGUUAACACAGUUUCUUCAUUGAAACCACCGUAUGUUUACCAACGGCAUUUUCAUUAUAUCGAUUUCCCCAAAUUUGGAGCAAUACAACCAGUUUAUAUUAAUAUUAUUCGUGACCCAAUCAAUCGCUUUGUAUCAGGAUAUUAUUACAAAAGAUUUGGUGAUGCGGAUAACCAGAAAUACAUGAAGAAAUCUUUCCCUAGCAAGAAUAUGACCGUGGACGAAUGCGUUUUGUUGAACAAAGAAGAAUGUAGCGAUAAGAAAUUGUUUUAUAUGAUACCUUUCUUUUGUGGUCAGCAUCCUUAUUGCUCGACACCGUCCCAGCUAGCCUUGGAUAGAGCACUGUCAAAUUUAGAUAAGCGGUUCUUGGUCGUAGGCUUCAUAGAAAAAAUUGAUGAAACUAUGCAAGUUCUUGAACAGCUAUUGCCAGAUAUCUUUGGAGGCGCUGUUGAGAUUCUCUUACAUCCAGAAACGUCCGCCAAGACAAAUGACACAUCGUCGAAAAACAAAAUCCCGCCCUCUAGUCACGUAAGAACAAUACUACGCGACAGGAUGAAAUAUGAAUACAUGUUUUAUGAGGCUGCAUUAUCGCGAUUUACAUAUAUAUUGAGAAAACUAGGGAUUGAAAAAACAAAGAAACGUUGGUGAUGACAUUCUAUAAUGAAUUCCACGUGAUUAGUGGAAUAUGUGUCCAAUUGGAUGGGAUGCUGCAUGACUUUGUAUAUAGUUUAUUGCAUGAAGGCAAAUGUGUCAUUGGUGCACGAACAGCACGUACAAAGAUACUUAACUAUAUCAAAUAAGAUGUACAAAGAUAGAGGUGACAUAGACUCAAACCAUGUCGUGCAAAUCGAUAAGAGGCCGAUAGAUAUCCGACUGAUGCAUGGUGAGAGUACUCGUUCGUUGAUGUCAGCAGCGGGUCGUUCGAUGAUCAUCAUUACAGUCACCAAGUAACUACACACUUUUCAGCAAUAUUUUAUAUUACUCUCAGUACACUCAACCUGUCGCCCUAACACAUCGACAGGAUACAAACCGAUUUAUUUCCAUUAACUAAUAAAUGGUGAAUACGAUAAUUUGCGCUUAUUAUUUUUAUAUCAAUAACUGUUAGCACAUGCAUGAUGCGACAAGCUUAUUUAUUUUCGUCUAGCAAUAACUCGUGCCUAACAAUCUCGACAUACUUAUUUUUUAAUACUGAAAUAUUACUGAAAACAGGAACAAACCGAGAGAUCGCAAGCAGUCUAUUUUUUUUCUUUUGUUAUGCUAACGUCACCAAUGAUUAGUCAAUCAUUUCGGGAGCACCCCUCCCCGAUGCUAGCUUGGGUCGAAUUAGCAUAUUAAAUUUGGCCACCUUCUCGUGCCCCUUUAACAAAAUUACUGAUAACCCGGAAUAAUUACAUCAGGUAGUCUAGCGGUACCGGUAUAAUGUAGCAGGACCAACAUUUUAGUUUCGUUCGGAUGAACUGCAAUAAUCAUGGGGGUGGGGUGGGGGCUGGCUAGUAUUGGCUAUGUUGAGUUACCAACGAGUGUUCUUAGCAAAGUAGACUGCACAUAAAAAGCAUUCGGUACAGAUCACAUUUAUUGAUAAAUAUAUUCUUCGAAAAAUAAAAGUAUUUUUUACAUAUUA